UACUAAGAAGCAUCUACACUCGGUUUCAUUCAGGAUAAUCGUCUGCUCUAAACAAUACCCAUAGAAUAUGGGGAGAUAAAAUAGAUUAUCUUUUCAGUUAAUUCUUGGAAACUCUUCUGAUUCUGUGUACAGACAAUAAUAUAAAAUAUGCUGGUACCACCAGACAUGCUUUCUGCACAAUCUAAGCUCUUAUACCAGUUGAAUAAAUUCUAUGGUGAAAGGGUUCAUCAUCGUAAAUCAAACAUUGCAAAAAACGUCCGAGAGGUAUGCAAGGUGGUUCAAGAUGUCCUGAAAGAGGUCGAAGUUCAGGAACCUAGAUUUAUCUCUUCCUUGAAUGAUUGCAAUGGACGCUACGAAGGAUUCGACGUUAUUUCCCCCACCGAAUUCGAGGUGGUGCUUUACCUCAAUCAGAUGGGAGUCUUCAAUUUUGUCGAUGAUGGAUCUCUACCAGGCUGUGCGGUACUGAAACUCAGCGAUGGAAGGAAAAGAUCCAUGUCCUUGUGGGUGGAGUUCAUCACCGCUUCAGGUUACUUAUCAGCAAGGAAGAUAAGAUCCCGGUUCCAGACUCUAGUGGCUCAAGCCUGUGAUAAAUGCAGCUACAGGGACGUAGUCAAAAUGGUAGCUGACACCACUGAAGUCAAACUCAGAAUAAGAGAGAGAUUUGUGGUUCAAAUCACUCCGGCAUUUCGAUGUAGUGGACUUUGGCCGAGGUCAGCCGCGCACUGGCCUAUCCCGCAUAUUCCUUGGCCGAACCCGAAUCUGGUUGCAGAAGUCAAAACUGAAGGAUUCGAUCUGCUGUCCAAAGAAUGUGUCACCCUCCAAGGAAAGCAAUCUUCCAUGGAGGGAGAUGCAUGGGUGCUAAAUUUCGGAGAAGCCGAAAAUCGAUUGUUGCAAGGAGGUUGUAGAGGAAAAUGCUUGAGCAUUUUGAAAACAAUGAGGGAUCGCCACUUGGACAUUCCUGGCAAUCCGGUGACCAGUUAUCACAUGAAAACUCUUGUCCUUUACGAGUGCGAAAAACAUCCCCGUGAAAUCGAAUGGGACGAAACAUGUCUCGGUGACCGACUCAAUGGUAUUUUGCUGCAACUGAUAUCAUGCUUGCAGUGUCGACGUUGCCCACAUUACUUUUUGCCACAAUUGGAUCUUUUCAAAGGGAAGUCAGUCAGUUCGUUGGAAAAUGCGGCAAAACAAUGCUGGAGAUUGACGAGGGAGCUUCUCACAAAUCCCCGAGCAUUGGAUAAACUGUGAAUUGCAUUGUUCGUCUUCAAAACGCUUCCCAGUGACUUUUUAGUGUUCUUUUUUUAUUUUUCAUCAAACUUAGUGCAAUCAAUUUAAGUGUGAACUGAAAAUGUGUUUCUGAAUCAAUUAUUGUUAGUUUGGAAAACAGUGCUUUAAAUUAGUGGUUUUGCAAAACAGGAGAUUAAGUGCUGUUUAUACUUCAUCAUUUUAAACAUAUAAGGUUUUUUGGAGAUAAUUGCAGACUUAUAACAAGAAAAACAGCACAAACAUUUAAAAAAAAAUACGACUGCUCAUCACUGACAAAUUUUUUCCCCGAAAUAUUUUAAAAGUGGAAGUAAAAAGCUUUUUUGUUAUGAACAGUUAUGAAUGUUUUACGAAUUUAUAGAAUAUAAUAUAAUACAGCGUCGUUUUUGUAAGAUUAUGUGUACGAUAUUCAGCAAAAAAUAUAGAAGGUAAAUGUUUA